AUGUGUCGAAGCAGCCAGAACGUCAUCGUGAGGUCGCUGCGACCAGUCAGGCAGGCUGCACCGCCCCCAGAGCCUGUGCCCGUGGAGCACUCCCCUGCAUACCUGUUGCGACACCGAAGCAGACCGGAGCCCACAGAGCUGAGCUUGACCCGAAACAAGCAGGAGGAGCCCUUCACAGGGAACGCCGUGGAAUGGGCUGUGCGACGGCUGGACGCCAGCCUGGACGAGGCAGAACUGGAUCCCCCGCCCGGCGCAAAAGCCAUCAUUGACGUGGCGCGCGGCCCAGUCGGCACUGCCACAGUACAGGGAGUCACGGCAGCUGCACGUGUCACUGUGAAAGCUGCCGCGCCAGUGGGCAAAUGGGUGGUACAGCAGAGCUUCAAGGCAGCCCUGGGUGUGUUGAGCAACGACGGCGCAAAGAGGAGGCAGAACAAGUGA